AUGCCCAAGGUCGUAUCCAGGUCGGCCGUCUCGUCGUCGACUGACGCCCAGCCAACCGCGAGCUCAGCAGCUGCUCUGCGUGUCUACUAUUGCAUAUGCGGCGAGUUCAUCCUUGUUAUUGAUAAAAGCCUUGCUUCUCUUCCACGUCGAAAGACAGACAACGCUAUUAUCAUUCGCUCUAAAGAUAGCGACGAUGGGAAGGCAAGAGUCUUCAAGCUGAACGCCGUUGCUGAAGACCCAAUCCUCUUAGAAAGGUCCGGAGGCGGACACGAGAAGCAGUAUCGAUUCCACUGUCCACGGUGCUCUUUGAAGAUUGGAUAUCAAUCAACACCACCGCCAGUAAAGACCGCUCCCUUUCUAUACAUUCUCUCUGGAGCCCUUACGCAGAUGCAAGGUCAAGUGCCUCCCGACGCAUUUGACGGGGAAAAUGACCUAUGA